AUGUCCAUAAAGAAUUUCAAAUCUACCCACACCUGCGAUCAACAUGGAGCAAAUGCUGGCAACUCAAUGGUAUCAAGGAAGUUCAUUGCUAGCCAAAUACAAGUUGUUUUAAAGGUUAGGCCAGAUCUUCGUGUAGUUGAUAUCAAGAACGGCAUUCUCUCCAAUUUUGGCAUCAAUAUUAACUACAGUAAAACAUGGUGGGGUAAGGAGACAGCUCAACAGGACCUGUUCGGUGACGAUGAUAAUGCUUACGGUUCACUGAGAUGGUACGUUCUUUUUUAUUCUUCUGAAAUCACUCUUACAUAUGAAUCCAUGGUGCAUGCAACUAAUCCAGAGAGUCUUGUUGUUAUUGAUGCUGAUGACGGGAGGUUCAAGUGUAGACCUAUAUUAUUUUUGGAUGGAACAUCUAUUAAAGAUCGCUACAGAGGCAUACUACUUAGUGCCACUGAGUAUGACGGUAACCAGGGAAUAUUCCCCUUGCUUAUUGUGUAUGAUGAUGACAUGAAAGAAUUGGUAGCGAUCGAUCACAAGGCUUACGUCACUGUAAUGAAAUACUCCCCGGAUAGAUGGGCAAAUGCGUAUUUUCCUGGUAUAAGGUAUGACAAUGUUACUUCAAACGUUGUUGAGUCCUUCAACAGCUGGAUAAGAAAUGCAUGA